AUGGUUAAAAACCACACCACCCACACCGUGAACACCCCUAGUAUCCUCUCUAAUGCUCUGCCGGUCAGAGGUACACUGGCUAGGAGAAUCAAUAUUGAUGACGAGACUUGCCUGUUGUGUGGGGAGGAGGCGGAGUCCAUUGACCACCUUUUUCUCUAUUGCAAUUUUGCAUACCACAUCUGGAGGUCCUCCCCUUGGGGGGUAUACCUGUUAAAUGGUUCUGGUGGUAGGGUCUGGGAUUGGGUUAAAUUCCUUUGGAACUUAAAGUUAAAUGGGGAUGAUGCAGAAAAGCUGUUUCUUUAUGCUUCAAUCGCUGUGGACGUGAUUUGGAAAACCCGCAAUGACAAGGUACAUAACUCGACUCAGGGUAAUUUGGUGAAUGUAAUUAACUCUAUCUCCCAUUGUUAUACAGAUUAUGCCUCAUACGUGUUCCUCUCGGUUCUUCCUGUGGUCACGCCUUCUUGGACGCCUCCGCCGAAGGACUGGAUCAAAAUUAACUGUGAUGUUAAAGUUGGUGGAGACUCCAUGUGCAUUGCGACCCUGGCUAGAGAUCACUCAGGAGCGGUUGUGUGGGCUGUUACGUCCUGUCUUAACUUUAGGGACCCUCUGAUUGGUGAGGCGGCGGCGUGUCAGCUUGCGUUGGACAGGGCGAGGCUCAGGAAGCAUGACUACGUCUUAGUGGAGAGUGAUUCAGAAGUGGUUAUCAAAGCACUGAAAGGAAUGCACUAUAUUUAG